UAUCGGUAUUCAAAAGUACGAUUUGACUCAUUUGGGAGAAGGUGCUAGUUUUGUGGCAAGUAAAGAUGAAAUGACGCAGUGCGUCGAGAGGAGAUCGACUGAAACAUCAUCAAUGAUCGACAAAACAAAAGAAGCAUCUGUGAGUUUAUGUUUCAGCGCCAUACAAAUAACUGAAAAAGAAUGUGUUGAAAGUGAUGACGAGAUUGACAACGAAACAUCCUUUAGUUCGAUGAACGUUUCUUCCGUUAACCAGGAUGAUGAAUUAAUGGACGGGAUCACUUUUAUACCACCAACACCUCCCAAUGAACGUGAAAAUGACCCAUCAUAUGAAGAUACAAUGCAACCUAAAUGCUCUUUAUCUGAGAUAGAGGAGAUUCAAAAGCAGGGGUUAUGCAACAAAAAAGUCGAUUCCAGUUUGACUCCAGCAUCAUUUGAAAUUGAUCUAAAAUCGUUGGCUGGACAAACGAUGGAACAUAACCAGUCUGAAAUUGAGAUCGUGGAGCCUGAACUCAUCAGUGACUCUCCCAACGAAAGUAUCGAUGCAAGUAUGACUCCAGCUGCUGUUGAAAUUGCUCGAGAAUCGUUAGCUGGACAAACGAUGGAACAGAGCCAGGCUAAAAUUGAGAUCGUAGAGCCUGAACUCAUCAGUGACUCUCCCAACGAAAGUAUCGAUGCAAGUAUAACUCCAGCUGCUGUUGAAAUGUAUGUAUGGAAUGCUGAUUGCUUUAUCGUUGCGCAUUGGUCUUUAAUCAUGAUUUAA